ACCGGAAAAUUAAAAAAAAAAAAAAACCAAACAACAAACCAAAAGAAAAAAAAAACAAAAAAAAAAGACCAAACCAAACACCACGUCCUCCCGGGGAUCGAGCGCAAGCGGCAACUCUCCCCAGGCCUUGGGGCAGCUCUGCUGGGGUCGAAGGUGAUUGAAUCAUGCAGAUAUGAAGAUCAUCUAGGUUUUGUAUAAGAGGUCCCGGAUAUUUCAAGUGGCCAUUUUGGAAUUAUAAUAAUUUUGGGGGGGUAGUUUUGCUCCAGAAGUUUAUUCAAAUUGGCAAGAAUCAUCUCUCAAGUGAAGUGAUAGUAGUGAACACAUUCGGCGAGACCCGGUCGUUUCUUCGAUCCUUCGGUUCGAACGGAUUAUAUAACUGGUUAAAGUGUUGCAGCUGGUGGCCUGUGUGCCUCACCUUCCCCAAUCCCUCUCCUGGUGUUGGCAGUUCUUCAGCCCAAACUGUAAGAUAUGUUUGAUUUGUGUACCGAGUAGUUUCAGCAGUUUCAAAUUACUGUUUAAACAUUGCUGAAGUUUUAUGGCGGUUUCUUUUUACUUUUAUUAAAAAGUUUUAGGAGUUUUUGACCUCAGCUCUUUUCAUGUUUCAAUGGGACAGCUUUUCUAAAUGAAGACAUUGAAGGAAUACAGAUUUUUUUUCUUUUUAUGUUUUAUUUACAUGGGAAUUUGAGAUGUUCCACUUUCCCACCAGCAUGGUAGUAUUCAGAUAGCUAUCUGUGUAUAUGCUGAUGUUUGGAAAUACUCUUCAGAUGUGAAGUUUUCUUUUUGUUUCUGCUUCUUGGGUCCUAAAAUUGGCUAUUUCAUCUGGAGUGGAUAAGUACAACAGUGACAAGUACAUGGAAUAAUAAAGAAGACUUUGCUCUUAUUCCAAGGAACUUGGCUAAUUCUGGAGGUAGCCAUAUGAAAACUUGAAAACAGGAAUAUGGGUAGCUGACUUGAAGUAGCUCUAUGUCAAAUAGUCAUAGUUUAAGUAUCUUCAAAGAACUUGGAUAUUAUUUCAGAGGAUACAACAUCAAAAACCAAACUGGAAAACAACGAUCAUAGAGAGAAAACCAACGCCUUCCUGCGCGGUCCUGUUGGAAUUUGGACUUGCCAUGAGGUGUUGAAGCCUUGUUUCACUGAGUUGGAGAGACUGGACCUAAAUGGCGCAGCAUGACUUUGCUCCAGCCUGGCUUAAUUUUCCUACUCCACCAUCAUCAACAAAGUCAUCAUUGAAUUUUGAGAAACAUUCUGAAAAUUUCUCAUGGACAGAAAAUCGUUACGAUGUGAGUCGUCGACGACACAACUCUUCAGAUGGCUUUGAUUCUGGUAUUGGACGUUCUAGUGGAGGUAAUUUUGGGAGGAAAGAAAAAAAUGGAUGGCGUACGCAUGGCAGAAAUGGUACUGAAAACAUAAACCAUCGAGGGGGAUACCAUGGUGGAAAUUCCCGUUCUCGUAGCAGUAUUUUCCAUUCUGGAAAGAGCCAAGGACUACAUGAAAACAGCACACCUGACAAUGAGACUGGGAGGAAAGAAGACAAGAGAGAGCGCAAACAGUUUGAGGCUGAGGAUUUUCCGUCUUUAAACCCUGAAUAUGAAAGAGAACCAAACCAGAAUAAGUCUCUAGCUGCAGGUGUGUGGGGCCUACACGCCCAGACACACACAUACCCAACCAAAAAAAUCUCCCAAGCUCCUCUCUUAGAAUACCCUCCGAACCCUCAGUCUAGAGCGCCAAGGAUGCUGGUCAUUAAGAAAGGGAAUGCAAAAGACUUACAGCUCUCUGCAUUCCCAGUAGCAGGAAACCUCCAGCCGCAGCCAGUUAAGAAUGGAACUGGUCCAAGUGUUUAUAAAGGCUUAGUCCCAAAACCUGCUGCACCACCUACAAAACCUACACAAUGGAAAAGCCAAACUAAAGAAAAUAAAGUUGGAACUUCUUUUCCUCAUGAAUCUACAUACGGUGUUGGCAACUUUAAUGCUUUUAAAUCAGCUGCCAAGAGCAUUAGUCCAUCAACAAACUCAGUGAAAGAGUGUAAUCGCUCCAAUUCAGCUUCACCUGUUGACAAACUUAAUCAGCAGCCUCGUCUAACCAAACUGACACGGAUGCGAACUGAUAAGAAGAGCGACUUUCUGAAAGCCUUGAAGAGAGACCGAGUGGAGGAGGAGCAGGAGGACGAGAGCCGCGCUGGCUCAGGGAAGGAUGAAGAGUCAUUUAAUUUGCAUAACAGCAACAGUACUCACCAAGAAAGAGAUAUAAACAGAAACUUUGACGAGAAUGAAGUUCCUCAAGAGAAUGGCAACGCCUCAGUCAUUUCCCAGCAGGUCAUCCGGUCCUCAACCUUUCCACAGACCGAUGUUCUCUCCAGUUCACUUGAGGCAGAACACAGAUUAUUAAAGGAGAUGGGCUGGCAAGAAGACAGUGAAAAUGAUGAAACAUGUGCUCCUUUAACUGAGGACGAAAUGAGAGAAUUCCAAGUUAUUAGUGAACAGUUACAGAAGAAUGGUCUGAGAAAAAACGGUAUUUUGAAAAAUGGCCUGAUUUGUGACUUCAAGUUUGGACCCUGGAAAACCAGCACUUUCACACCCACACUUGAGAACGAGGACACAGAGACGAGCAGCAGUGACACGUCGGAUGACGACGACGUGUGACCAGACGCCCCGACAGCGUGGUGCAUCUCAUGCGGUUUGGGGUGAACUGUAAAAAUGAAGAACUAUAAUUUAUGUAGUGAAAUACCCCAUUAGAAGGUGAUUUUGGGGGAACUUCAAUAUGAAGAAAACCAAGAACGUCGUGUCGGGCUGUGCUGAGCAUCCUCUCUUGUACUGAGUGUUGUGACGUGAGGACUUGGGCUGGUCCGGCGCUGGCUUUCUCCAGCCCUGCAGCGUUCUCUGACUCGCAAUGUGACGAUGUAACAGAUGAGAGUUUCUCAUUCAAUAAUAAAAAAUUGUGUAAUGUUUUGCAAA